AUGCAAGCCUAUCUCGCAGAGAAAUACAUGUCAGGCCCAAAAGCAGAGGCUAUCCUUUCCCGCGCAGGGCCCAAGAAAACGAAGAAGAAACGCAAAGUUGACUCGAAUGGUCCGUCCAUGUUCAUUGACGAGGACACCGGUUUUGGAGACGAACGGUCCCAACGAGAACGAGAAGAAGCAUUGGACAUCGCCGAAGCGGUAGUAGCAAGUGACGGGAGCUUUAAAAAGCGGCAAAGCAAUCAAGAUUCGAAUUGGACAACAGUACGGGAGGGCGAAAGGGAGGAAAGCCCCCCAGUUCCAGCAGACGAACAACCCCUUGUCGUGUCGGAGGAUACUUCGCAGCCUUUCAAAGGUGGCCUACUAACUUCGGAUCAACUACGACGUGCCCUACCAAAGUCUAACGUUAAGAUGGAGGAAAUGUCCAAGGAAGACAUGGAGGCAGCUCAAGAGACGGUGUAUCGUGACGCAUCGGGUAGGAAGAUCGAUAUGAAAGUCGCCCGUGCGGAGGCCGCAAGAAAGAAGAGGGAAAAAGAGGAGAAGGAGUCUCAAAAGAUGGAAUGGGGAAAAGGCUUGGUACAACGAGAGGAAGAAGAAAAACGGAGAUUACAACUGGAGAAGAACAAAUCCUUACCGUUCUCUCGAUAUGCAGACGAUAAAGAGCUAAACGAGGAGCGCAUGGCGGAACAACGAUGGAACGACCCUGCCGCAGCAUUCCUCAUGAGAAAGAAGACUAAAGGUCCCCGUAAACCAGAAUAUACUGGGCCACCUCCGCCUCCUAACCGUUUUGGAAUCAAACCUGGAUAUAGAUGGGAUGGCGUAGACCGCAGCAAUGGUUUCGAGAGGAAGUUGUUCCAGCGGCAAAAUGAAAGACAACGGGUGGCGACGGCAAGCUAUGAAUGGAGUGUUGAUGAUAUGUAA